AUGGACAGUAGGGUUAAUUGCAAAGAGCAGGCUCCUAAGGUUACCAACCAUGAAUUUGUGGGGAAUGAACACACUAGUUAUCUCUCCAAAAUGCCAGCUGCAACAGUUGAACAACUCACCAUAGCUAAAAUAUUAUCAAAGCCUGAUACUGAUGUAAAUCUUCGAAGCUACGUUGCCCAGCUUCAAGAGUUAACAAAAUGUUCAGAAGACCAGGCAGUCACAGCAUUGUAUGACUGUGAAAAUGACAUUGAAAGAGCUGUUGAGUUGGUCCUUGAUAAAUUCCGCUGCGGUGCAGAAGAGGAGUGGCGCACAACUGUCAGCAAACGAGCCAAAGCCAAGCAUUCACAAACAGUAACUGAUGUGACACCUGAAACUGCCGCACCCCCCAAAAAAGCUAGUCGACCCAAAGUUGAAAAGCUUCCUGAAAAUGCUGAGAAGACUGUUAAGCAGAAUGGUCCUGUGCCGUCUCAGACUAGUGUUACUAAGAGUUCCCCGGUAAGCCAUGAAAUAACAAGACGGACGAGUAACAAGAAGAAGGCUCCUUCGAAAUUAAAUGCAGCUGCAAGUGAAAGACAAGGUGAAUCACAAAAUGAGCGUGAUGGUGGUGUAGUGUGCAAUAACUCAAAGCAAUUACCAUCGGAAAGAAAACCUAAAAAUGAAUCCGAAGUUUGGGAUCCUUAUGCAGAUCUUGGUGAGUGGGAAGGCGAGUCCAUAGAGAUAGUUAACUCUAAUGCAUCCAUUGCCAUGGGACUACAGGAUGCAGUUUCUUUACCUCCGGAACUCUUUCACGAAACAUCAAAUCCUGAAAAGGAUUCAAAUUUAGAGUCAGACGUGCAUGUUGAUACUGUCCAAAACCUGACUAAAGAUCCAGAGGCUUUGGAUGCAGACGCGUUAUUUGCAACAACUGCUAGAAGCAAGCCACCUCCACGUGCUUUCACCGGAAAAUUGGAUGUUCCCUUAUUUAUUGCUCCAGAGCUACUACCUAGUAGUCACUUCAGCUGGAAACCGACUUUCGGUGGUGAUUCGCCUGCUCCUAAAUUUAGCCCUGUUGCACCUACACUUCCGAAUUCAGGAAGAAUCAGUAAUGAGGCGGACGAGCUGCUUCGUGAACCAAGUGACCCCCGUACUCCAAGAGUACCAGUCGAACAGGUGGACUGCAGUCCCAAGCAAUAUACAUUCCCUCAGAUAUCCCAGCAGUCGCACACUAAUGAUUUCGAACUAAAAAAUGCAUCCCUUGGUGUUUUACUGGAACCUACGAAAACUGAGGAGAAAAUGGGUAACAUAACAAGUGAAUACUCACCGCACCAAUAUAGUGAGCAGAUGAUAUCCGAAGUCUCAAUAUCAUAUCCAAUUAAUCAAAAGAAGCAAACGCCACCUAUGGUCACCAGGACUGCUAGUGACAAGCCCAGCUACUUAGAACCUUCCAUCAAAAAUUAUCUACUUGAUUCGCUGCCGGAUGGUAUAAGCAAGCUCAAUGUUGGAGAUGUUUCAGGUCAAAAUACUAAAGACCAGUUUCCUGUUCAGAACAACACUCAGGCAUCACUUCCAUCUUUCCCCCAUGGUCAGAGCGAUCAGUCUAUUAUUCCUCCACAGUUGAAUAAAGUACCUGUUUCACAUCCAAAUACACAUGUUUCCGGACAUACCCAGCCAAUGAAUGCCAAUACUCAGGCAGCUCAUCUUCCUCCGGGUAUGCCUCACUUUAUCAGUCAGUUCGCUCCUCCUGCCGCUUAUCAUAUGUUCAAUCUGCCCGGUGGUUCUAACACAGCACCUGCUAUCUUCGAUCUUGAUCACUUGCAGUUGUUGCAACAACAGAGGAUGUUAUAUGAUAUUCAUUUACAACAUCAUGCUGCCACUACAGCUCAGAGUAUGUUAACCCCAAAUGCAGAUGCUGCCUCAGCAAAAACAAUCAAUCAUAGUUUGACAAAUCCGAUGGCUCAUGUAACCGCUGCAAAUACGGGCAUACGCCCGGAUAUGCUGACGACUGCAUUAAGUCACACUCCACAGAUGAUGACUCCUGGACAUCCUUACUUCCCCUACUCUGGUUUUGUACUGAUGAAUGGUUAUCCGAAUCCAUUUUUAAACCAGCAACAGCCUAAUUCCGACGGUUCUCAAGUUCAAAAUCCUGGUCAGUGUGCUUCACCGAUUACUCAGCAUCAGCCUCAAACAAAUCAAACACAACCUUACAACAGUCUUAAACAGUUGCAGAGUGGUGUAGGAAAUUACGAAGAUCUUCUGGAUGUGAAGUAUGGUGAUCCAUCUAAACAAGUAGGUUUCAAAACUAAUUCGAACCAGCCUGGUUACGGUUCAUUUCAAUCCCAGGGAAUGUCAUUAGAUAAUGUCAGUGGAAAACUGUCUUCUUCGCAUUCUAAUAAUGGAUCACUAGUUCAAAACUUCAAUCAUGGAAGUAGCAAUUCUCAUGCACCACCGCACUUUUCGCCACAGUUCUACGCUUCUGUUUCUGCUUCACCAUAUAUGAAUACAGUAGCCGCUGUCGUAGCCGCGGCAGCUGCUAAGCACGGAACAAAUAACAGUUCUACAGGCAAUGCCAACCAGUCUAAUCCAAAUGUUGGUGUUACUGGAGGCCAGACUGGUGGCACAGGUGCUGGACAAAAUCAGAUUCACUUGCCUGGAAAUCCAUCUCAAGGAAUGGUUUUGAGUAAUGCAGGAGCAUCUCUACAUCAUCACCAGCGUGCUCAAAUCCCACAUCCACAGCAUUAA